UUUUUCCUGAUAAAGAUGGAGGUUGCAGUUCUCAGGAGUACGGGGAUCUUCAGCCUGCUGGCAGACACAAUGAGUCCUCUGAAAGGUAACCUCGGCGCUGUCCUCUGCGUCCUUCUGGGCCUGCUGGUUCCUGAGCUCUCCUGUCAGGCCGACAAGAGUCCAGAAGCAGAAGCGGCCUUCCUGAAAGUGAGGCUUGCUCUGAUGAAGAACCACUACAGGCUCCUGUGUAACCAGUUCGCCAGCCUGGCUCUGAACUGCUCCGCUCCACCAAUCAACUGCACCGAGUGUCCUGAUGGAUGGCUUCAGGUCGAGGAUCAGUGUUUCCUCUUAAGCUCGGAAAAGCUGGAUUUUUCUUCCAGUGCGGGGAAAUGUAAAGACGUCGGUGCCCAUCUUGCCAUCUUGACCACCAGAGAACAGCAUGAAGCCGUGGAGAAAGAAGGCAGGAGGAUUGGAGGAUUUUACACAAACUACUGGAUCGGACUGAGCGAUGCUGAGAGUGAAGGAGAGUGGAGAUGGGUGGACAAGUCCGUGCUUAAAACUUCCUUCUGGAACGUCCAUAAAUCAGAACCAGACAACAACACCUCUGGUGGGCCAGAUGGAGAGGACUGUGUGGUGGUGGACAGCUACACCCAAAGCUGGUACGACGUUCCCUGUGACUUCCUGUAUCCUCGGAUCUGUCAGAAAGCCGCCAGCCCUCUGGUAUAAAGACCCCCCCACCCCAACGCAGAACCACAACUCAGCAGCUGCUGACGUUAAUAAUCUUUUAUUGAAAAGCUUUGUGGUACAUCUGUGAAAGCCAUGUGAAAUAUUUGUAUGUCUCACAGUUCGUUUUCAGGUUUAAGUGAAGCUCCAUUUGUGUUUCCAAGUGAUUUUGUUUGGAUUUUGAAAAAAUAAAGUUUCAUCAUGUGCAGAAAUAA